UGUGGCAACACUGAUAUUAUAACCUCGACCAAAAGGGAAUCGUAUUGGGAUUUUGAUAAAUCCUUUUUGGAUUAUUUAUUCCCGAAAAAUAAACCAAAAUGUCUGAUCUACCUUACGGACCCCCAGUGCGUGUAUCGCCCCUUAUCCGAUUCGGCCGUUGGUCGUUCCUCACCGCAGGAGUCCUGUAUGGUGCCUUCCACCAGAACAGACUGUCCAAGAAAGAGGCAGCGUUCCGUGAGGUAGAAGCCAAGGAGAAGGUUAUCAGAGACGCAAAACUUAAACAGGAGAAGGCGAUAGCAGCUGCUGCUGAAAUCAAAGCACUGGAAGAAAUGGUAGCACCCAAGAAGUAAACUGGUCAACCAACACUAGUUUUAAGAGUAUAGUGAAGCCGCCACAUCCUACCCAUCAUUUCGAAAACAACUACACAAAAUGUCGCGAAUUCCAACGUCUUAUUAAUUUAAUGUAUUUAAAAUAUAGGUGAUUGUACAAAAGUU